AUGGAGAAGCGGGGCUGGGCUGGGAAACCGCCCUCGGCCGCGGCGCCUCAGCAGCCGCCGAUGACGCCUCGGAAAGAGAGGAGGCCUAGCAUGUUCGAGAAGGAGGCAUAUGCACAGAUUUUAAGAGAAAGACUGAGAGAAUCAAUUCAUGAUGUUCAGUACGUAGAGCCACCAUUUGAUGACUCAAUUGCUGACAUAGGUAAAGAAUGGAAGAGUGCCCUGGCAAAACUAAAGUUUGCUAAUUCAUAUAGAAUGGAGCCAUUGAAAAAAUUCCAGGCUUACUCGGUAGAAACGAAAGUCCAGCAGAUAUUAAAGGAUGAUAAUGAAGAUAAUUCAAAUGAUGGGACCCAGCCAUCCAAAAGGAGGCGAAUGGGCUCAGGAGAUAGCUCCAGGAGCUGUGACACUUCCAGUCAGGAUCUUGGCUUUAGCUACUAUCCCGCAGAAAAUUUGAUAGAGUACAAAUGGCCACCUGAUGAAACAGGAGAAUACUAUAUGCUUCAAGAACAAGUCAGUGAAUAUUUGGGUGUGACCUCCUUUAAACGGAAAUAUCCAGAUUUAGAGCGACGAGAUUUGUCUCAUAAGGAGAAACUGUACCUGAGAGAGCUGAAUGUCAUUACAGAAACACAGUGCACUCUAGGCUUAACAGCAUUGCGCAGUGAUGAAGUAAUUGAUUUAAUGAUAAAAGAAUAUCCAGCCAAACAUGCUGAAUAUUCUGUCAUUCUUCAGGAAAAAGAGCGCCAGCGAAUUACAGAUCACUAUAAAGAGUAUUCUCAAAUGCAACAACAGAAUACUCAGAAAGUUGAAGCCAGCAAAGUGCCUGAGUACAUUAAGAAAGCUGCCAAAAAAGCAGCUGAAUUUAACAGCAACUUAAACCGGGAACGUAUGGAAGAAAGAAGAGCUUAUUUUGACUUACAGACACAUGUUAUCCAGGUGCCUCAAGGGAAGUACAAAGUGUUGCCGACAGAGAGAACCAAGGUCAGUUCUUACCCGGUGGCCCUCAUCCCUGGACAGUUCCAGGAAUAUUACAAAAGGUACUCACCAGAUGAACUGCGGUAUUUGCCAUUAAACACAGCGCUUUAUGAGCCCCCCCUGGAUCCUGAGCUCCCUGCUCUCGAUAGCGAUGGUGAUUCAGAUGAUGCCGAAGAUGGUCGAGGUGAUGAGAAACGGAAAAAUAAAGGCACUUCGGACAGCUCCUCUGGCAACGUGUCUGAGGGAGAAGGCCUUCCUGAAGGCCAGGAGGAGCCUCUGCAGGGAAGACAGAGGUCCAGGGACAAGGCUGCUCCUCCACGAAAAGAUGCUUCCAAACGUUCUGUACUGUCCAAGUCAGUUCCUGGGUACAAGCCAAAGGUCAUUCCAAAUGCUCUAUGUGGAAUUUGUCUGAAGGGUAAGGAGUCCAACAAGAAAGGGAAGGCUGAAUCACUUAUACACUGCUCCCAGUGUGAUAACAGUGGCCAUCCUUCUUGCCUGGAUAUGACCAUGGAGCUUGUUUCUAUGAUUAAGACCUACCCAUGGCAGUGUAUGGAGUGUAAGACUUGCAUUAUAUGUGGACAACCCCACCAUGAAGAAGAAAUGAUGUUCUGUGAUGUGUGUGACAGAGGUUAUCAUACUUUUUGUGUGGGCCUUGGUGCUAUUCCAUCAGGUUGCUGGAUUUGUGACUGUUGUCAGCAAGCCCCCCCAACACCCAGGAAAGUGGGCAGAAGGGGGAAAAGCAGCAAAGAGGGAUAGUUUUUGACCCCAAUACUGUAAUGUGCAUUUAAAUGAAGUAUUUGGUGCCAUUUUACAACAUUCUCAUUUUUAUGCCAAUAAAAGAUUUCUGAAA